GGUGCGCUUCAGCGCCGGACGGGAGGAGAUGGCGGUGCGGAGGCAGCUGCGACGAUUCUUCGAAGAGCCGCAGAUCCGCGGCACGAUCGUGGUGGAGCGGCCGCUCUCCUCUGAGCCUCCUCCGGCUCCUGCUCCUGCUUCGGCUUCAGAGGUGCCGCAGUGCUGCGAGCUGCGAGCGGAGGACUGCGCCGUGUUCCAGUGCCGCGGGUGCUGGGCGGUGCUGGGCGACUCGCUGCAUCUGUGCGCGCUGGAGGAGCAGCGCCUCGGCCUCGUCGUCUGCCUCAGAGUCACCAGCAACGUGCUGUGCGAGGAGGAGCUGAUGGUCGGCCUGGAGGGAGCCCUGACGGGAUGUGCUUACAACACGUUGUCUUGUCAGUCGUGUGGUACAGUUGUGGGCUUUGUUCUCUAUUCUGCCUUCAGAGACCUGACCCAUCUCCGAGGCUUCUUCUGUUUCUUCAAGAAAAGCAUCUUCUGUUAUCUCUUAAAAAGCAAAAUGAUAAUAGAAGCUUCUAAGGUGAAAUUUCCUGCUGUGACCCUAAAGGAUCAAAUAGAGAAACUGAAAGAAAGCCUUGUGAUGACACACAUGCGCAUCGAAUUGCUGAUGAAGAAGGUGGAGCAACUGAAACAAAAUAAUGUGGCAGAAAACAAAGCUUUGCAUCACAUGUCCUAAUGCCAGGAUAUGCAAUAGUCGAUACCAAGAAAUAUGCCAUUUUGAGGAACUACUGGAGUCGUUUCUGCAGCUCUGCUAAGUUUCAUCAUCUAGCAUGAACAAUUUACUUGUGCAGCAUAUAAUUCUCUAAGUCUGAACUUUGGUUGUGAUUCUCCAUAAUGACUUCAAAGAGGUAGAACACUUUUUGCAACAAUAAAAUCAGGUCUAUAGAACCAUACCAGACACACUAUCAUAACAAUAAUUGAGAGGAAGCGUUGUAAUUUAAAGGUUCUUAAGGAGUUCUAAAGUUUUGUUCUAUCUUUUCAUAUAUAUAGAAUAUUCAUGGCAGCUAGCUGUCGGGUGAUUCAUUAGCUACAUCUGGUAUGUGAGACUUCUGAAUAGCCUCCCAAUGAAUUCUUUGGAAGAAUCUGCUUGUAUAUGUGGCCUGCAAAAGGAACAAGUUAGCAUUUCCCAGAAGCUGCACAGCCGCGCUUGGUGACUAUAUGGUGCAAAGCUAACUGGAGCGUGAGGUUACAGAUUUCAAAUCAAGGUACAAUGCUUGUUUCUUCCAAAGUCACCUGGAAAUGCAGUCACAUGGCUGCAUGGAUCAAGUUCUGUGUGCUCCAUGAAUCUUACGCUGUGAGCAGUUGCCUUCAAUAAAUUUGAGUCUUUUAUUAA